UCCCCGCGGCGGCCGCCGCCUGUAACCUGCGCCUCCAGGAUGUGGCUGGGGGCUGACGUCGGGUCCAGAUGUGGCCCCGGCCCCGCCCACCCCCGGGGCCGGUCCGCCCACACCGAGCCGCGGCGCGCACGGCGACUGUCCCGCCUGCCACAAUGCGCGGCGAGGCUGCGGCCGGGACUUGGCGCGGUCGUCCCUAACGUCGCCGCUCGGCAUCCUUAGGACAGGCCACCCCUGACGCCGUACCGGGACCCCACUGGUUUGCGCCACCAGCCCAUGCGCUCACUCUUCGGUGCCCCGCCGGGCGGGCGCCUCGUGGACGCGGAGCCGCGCGGGUGACGGCAGAGGCGGCUGCGCGCCCAGCCCAGCCCGCGGAGAGGGCACGCCGCGCCCCCGCCCCCCCGCCCGCUCUCCGGAGGCUGUGGGUGCGGAUGCACCGCUGACGACUCGCAGCGACUAGCAGCGCCGCCGGCACGCCGGCCGGAGCCCGCAGCAUGGCAGCCGCCGCCUAUGUGGACCACUUCGCCGCCGAGUGCCUCGUGUCCAUGUCGAGCCGCGCGGUAGUGCACGGGCCGAGGGAGGGGCCGGAGCCUGGACCCGAGGGCGCGGCCGCCGCUGUCGCCGCCACGCUGCCCCACGUCGAGGAUCGCCGCGACGGCAAGGACAGCGCCUCGCUCUUCGUGGUGGCGCGGAUCCUGGCGGACCUAAACCAGCAAGCACCGGCGCCCGCCCCGGCGGAGCGCAGAGAGGGCGCCGCGGCCCGGAAGGCGAGGACCCCCUGCCGUCUGCCGCCCGCGUCUCCCCCGGUCCCCGAGCCCGCCUCCCCCGGCGGCGAAGCCGCGGCGGCCGCGCCCCUCAGCCCCGCGUGGAGCGAGCCCGAGCCCGAGGCGGCGUUGGAGGCAGACCGGGAGCCGGGGCCCGCGGGGAGCGGCGAGCCCGGCCUCAGACAAAGGGGUCGGCGGGGCCGAAGUCGCUCCGACCUCGAGUCCCCACAGAGAAAGCACAAGUGCCACUACGCGGGCUGCGAGAAAGUUUACGGGAAAUCCUCACACCUCAAGGCGCACCUGAGAACUCACACAGGUGAGAGGCCCUUCGCCUGCAGCUGGCCGGACUGCAGCAAGAAGUUCGCGCGCUCGGACGAGCUGGCGCGGCACUACCGCACGCACACGGGCGAGAAGAAGUUCAGCUGCCCCAUCUGCGACAAGCGCUUCAUGCGCAGUGACCACCUGACCAAGCACGCGCGCCGCCACGCCAACUUCCACCCCGGCAUGCUGCAGCGGCGCGGCGGGGGCUCGCGCACCGGCUCGCUCAGCGACUACAGCCGCUCCGACGCCAGCAGCCCCACCAUCAGCCCGGCCAGCUCGCCCUGAGCGCCCCCCGCCCCUCCGGCGGCGGCCCGUGUCCCCGAGUCCCCCAGCAGCAGCACAGCCCCCACCCCUGCACCCCACCACCCCACCGGCCGCUCUCGGCCCCUCCCCCACUACAGCCAUGAACCCACGCUCUCGUCUCCCCUGUGACCCCCGUUUUGUCCUUUCGUAAUCAGAAUGCGAUGAAGUCAACCACACCCCCCUCCCCGAUUUUCUUCACCUCAGGUGUCAAACUCAAUUUGUAAAAAAAAAACAAUUUAAAAAAAAACAACAAAAACAAAAACACCACCCACAA